AAAAGAAACAGUAAAAAGAAAAAUGCAGGCAAUCAAGUGCGUUGUCGUAGGGGACGGUGCGGUUGGUAAGACAUGUCUACUCAUCAGCUACACAACGAAUGCAUUUCCAGGAGAAUACAUACCAACUGUAUUCGACAAUUAUUCGGCCAAUGUUAUGGUCGACGCUAAGCCCAUUAAUUUGGGUCUUUGGGAUACAGCCGGUCAAGAAGAUUAUGAUCGUUUACGUCCAUUGUCUUAUCCACAAACAGAUGUAUUUUUGAUUUGUUUCUCACUUGUAAAUCCGGCUUCAUUUGAGAACGUACGAGCUAAGUGGUAUCCAGAGGUACGCCACCACUGCCCAAAUACUCCAAUAAUAUUGGUGGGCACAAAGUUGGAUUUGCGAGAUGAUAAGAUUACCAUUGAGAAGCUGCGCGACAAAAAGCUUACGCCCAUCACCUACCCGCAAGGUCUUGCUAUGGCUAAGGAAAUCGGUGCAGUCAAAUAUUUGGAGUGUUCUGCUUUGACACAGAAGGGCUUGAAGACUGUAUUUGACGAAGCCAUUCGUUCAGUGUUGUGCCCCGUCUUGCAGCCCAAGUCGAAACGUAAAUGUACGUUGCUAUAAUUUCACCAUAAACCCGGAAAGUCUGGAAAAUCUUAAGCACAUGGAGAGGAGAAAACCAGCAGAAUACCAAAUUGAAGCGUUCUUAAACACAAAAACAAAUACAGCCAAUUCUAUAAUUUUUGUAUACUGUAGCAAUAGUAAAAAAACAAAAACAAAAUAUACACACAUGUAAAAUGAUACAGAGUGGUCUUCCAGACCUUGAGAUUAAUAAUGUGUUAUUGUCACCAGGUCAACGUGUUUUAACGUUUAAUUCCAUCACUAAUGACAUUUUUUAAAACACCACCCGAAGGAUAUCAUGUUGCAGAACUAGUCAAUAGACGAUACGAUUCGCAAU